AUGUCGUGGCUGGACGUCGCCAAGGACCUGAACACCGGCACCAUCGGCGGCGUGGCGGGCAUCAUCGCCGGGCACCCCCUGGACACCAUCAAGGUGCAGUUGCAGACCAGUCGCGAGACUGGUAGUGGCGUUCUACGCACUCUACGGCGGGUCGUGCGCUCCGAGGGCGCUGCGGGACUCUACCGAGGGCUGCUGUCCCCCAUUCUGUCCAAUGCCCCGAUCAACGCCGUCAUCUUCGGCGUGCAGGGCCAAAUGGUGCGCGCCCUCCAGUCGAGGGAGAACCACAGUGAGCCCUUGACCAAUUCUCAGCACUUCGUGGCCAGGUCCGCUGCCGGAUUGGUCCAGGUCGUCUUCGCGGCGCCGUCCGAGCACGUCAAGAUCCAGCUACAGACGGGGGCAAUGGGGGCGGAGCACAGCUCCAUUGCAGCGGCCAGGACGAUCCUGAAGAGAUACGGGAUGGCUACACUUUUCAAGGGCUGGGAGGUGUGUCUGCUGAGGGACGUGCCGUCAUUCGGCGCCUACUUCUGCUGCUACGAAGCGGCUAAGAGAGCGCUGACCAAUGGGAACAGUGAGAACGAGACGGACUGGAAGCUCAUGACGGCUGGGGGUAUCGCUGGGAUGCUCUCGUGGGCCAUGUGCAUGCCUGCGGACGUCGUCAAGAGUUGCGUGCAGGGCCAGAGUCUUGAGGGCAAGCAGAUGACCAUGACCGAGAUCGCGAGCUCCAGGAUGAAGCGGGAAGGACCGGGAUUCUUCUUCAAGGGAUUCGGCGCGACCAUGGUCAGAGCAUUCCCAGUCAGCGCAGUGACAUUCCUCGUCUAUGAGAAGAUCAUGCAGCUCACGUCUUGA